CACCCGGUGCGCAUUUCCGCUGACGGAACUGAAUGUGACAGGUUGUAAACAGAUGCGGAAGUUGUACAGAUUUGGAACAACAUGAUGGAUGUCGGGCCCUGGGGAAGGACGUCCUGGUGCCACAUUGCAUUUAUCACUCGCUGAAUUACUGCCGUACUACAGACUGCAGUGAUUUAAUUGAGGGACUCAUCUGAAUGAGGCAACACCUGUUCUAGACAGCACUGUUUGCACUCACCUUUCCCAGUGCUGAUACUGAUAGCUGGCACAGCAGCCAGUUCUCAUUAGGUUCUUGAUUAACAACAUUGGCUCAUAAAGUGACAGUCCUGGAAGGGGUUCAGGCCUUUGUGGACCAUCUGUUUUGCUUACACUUCCUUUUUGGGUUCAGACAGCAGAUGUUCAGCCUGCGGUGCCCUCGGGCCUCACGAUCUUGCUGUGUCUUCCCUCACACACGUAAGGAAACCGUCUGUUUGCUCCACCCCUCCGCUUCCUCUGUGACGCCGAAAUUGUCAAGGUGAUGGAGGGUCUGGAGGUUGAGGACAUAAGCCCCGCCCUCGAGGCCACUGAGGAGUACUUGCACUGCCUCGAUGACAAUCAAGGAGAUGGCCGGGUACAUCAGCCCAAGCUUAAAGAGGCAUCCACCAUGGACAAGUUGAACUCCAGUGGGGUGUGGGGGCUACUGACAGGAAAGCAAUCUGAAAUAUCACCCAAAAAUAUGGCCUGGGCGGAGCAGUCAUCUUUCACUGUGCUAGGACUGCGACAUGGAAAAAGGAACCGGGCCCGAUCCACCAACGAUUUGGCGGCUCAUGCCAAAGAGACAAACUCCACCACCAAUACAUCCAGCGGCGGCUUCAAGCGUGGCCACAACCGCUCCCGUUCAGACGUCAACAACCGCACUUACACCGAUAAUGGCAUCCCUGCCAUUGACAAAAAUACACUCAAGAACAUGGCGUUGAAUGACCACAGAGAUGCUCAUAAGGAGAGCAGCCCUAGUCUGGUGAAGCAGGGAACGCUGGAGCACAGAGAGGGCCCAUGGGGCCGUUGGACCACCUGUCACGUGGAGCUUACACCCUGUGAGCUGCGUCUAUACAGCCUGGACAGCAGCGGCAACCAGCAGCUAUGUGCCGCCCUCUCACUGUCCCAUUGCCAAGGGGUGAGCGCACCGCAGCCGCAGGAUGGACGUGUACUCCAGGCCGUCUUCUUUAACAGCACUCGUGUGCAGUUACGCGCACCCUGCCAGUGGGAGGCACUAGAGUGGCGUAGACUCCUAUGGGACCGUGUCUUGGCUGCCCGUCCAGUCAAUCGCAAAGGGGAGCCGGCCCGUGCCAUCUCCCCUACCCCUCACGAACCUGAUCCAGAUGCGGCCACGGUGCCAGCCCCUCGACCCCUGGUACGUCCCACAGCCCUACCACUGUUCACCCAGCACUGUGCUGAUGUUCUUAAGGCCGGUCUUCUGCACCAACUCACCGACCUCAAUAACUGGAGGGCCUUCACGUUUGUACUGAGCCGCACUGAGCUGCAGGCCUUCCCGACUGAGGGAAGAGGCCCAGUGUCGGAGCCGUUGUUGAGUUACCCUCUGGCCUCCUGUCUGGCUGUGCAGCGGGAUGAUGAAGACGGAGACACCAUCUCCCGCUUCCAGGCGGUCUUCCCUGAUGAUGUGCUGCGCUUGCGGGCAGAGACCGAGUCCAAGGCCCAGGACUGGGUGGAGGCCUUGCGCACGGCAGUGACGGCUCAGCGCCCACAUUGGGAGAAUAACCAAGUGGUGAUCAGAAGUAAGCCAGGCAGGGAGCGACGGCACAGGGAGGCCCAGAGAGCUAAACGACAGUCCGUCACCACUAGCUUUCUCAGCAUCCUCACCUGUCUGGCUGUAGAGAAGGGUCUUACUGCUCAGAGCUUCCGAUGUGCAGGAUGCCAGAGGCCAGUGGGUCUGUCACGGUGCAAGGCCAAAGUUUGCUCUUAUAGCGGUUGGUACUACUGCCCAAGUUGUCACCAGGACAACCUCUUCCUCAUUCCUGCGCGUCUACUGCAUAAUUGGGACACUAACAAACACAAGGUGUCAAAACAAGCGAAGGAGUUUCUGGAGUUUGUUUAUGAGGAGCCCCUGUUAGAUGUCCAGCAGUUGAACCCGUGUCUGUAUGAGCAUUGCGAGGCAUUGGCAGCCGUUCUCAAAUUGAGACAGCAGCUCCAGUCUCUCAGGGCUUACCUCUUCAGCUGCCGGGCCACAGUGGCAGAAGACCUUCGCCGCAGGAUUUUUCCGAGAGAAUACCUGCUACAGCAUGUGCACCUCUACUCAUUGGCAGACCUGCAGCAGGUCAUAGAUGGAAAGCUUGCUCCCUUCCUCUCUAAGGUGAUCAAGUUUGCCAGCUCUCACGUCUAUAGCUGUAGUCUGUGCCGGGAGAAGGGCUUCAUCUGUGAGCUUUGCCACACUGGCCAGGUCAUCUAUCCCUUCCAGGAGAAUGCCACCAAAAGGUGUGAGGGCUGCGGUGCCGUCUUCCAUGCCGAGUGUCGGAUGCGAGCCCAGCCGUGUCCACGAUGCGUGCGCAGAGAACUGCACAAGAAGCCGGCAUCAUUCUGGAAGAGACACGGCCCUCAGGACAGCCCUGAUGACGAGGUGCUGGACUGCUUUGAGCUGGACACCUGAGACGGUUUACGGAGAGCCGUGCCUGAGCACACUGCACUAAUGAAGUCCAUGUGCUGCUGUAUCCACUAAGGACAAGAUUCUGUGCUCCCUCAGUGGAAGUGCUCCAUGAAAACCGAGGAACAGAGGCGUUUUUGUUUUUUUUACAUUCUCUCUCACCUGAGAGGGAUGGGCACAGAGACAAUAAUUCAGUUCCCGAAGAGCAGAGGCUUCAUAAUGAUACCAAUUUACCCUUCCCUUUCAUCUACCAAAUGACAGCCAGGGCCAACCGACAAAUACAGGCAAAGUACGCUCACACACUUGCACAUAAACACACUCCCACUGACAGAUGUAAAAUAAUGCACUUUCUGGCAGACUCACAGUCCAAGAGCGAUGAUUCAAACCAAUUUCUGGACACAAAUAGAGCUUCUAAUCCAUUAAUGGUUCAGUGAAAAUGAGCGCUGCAAGAUGGGAGUCUGGCCCCUCUGUUUGGUUUCCAUCCACACUGUAGUUAACCUACUACGCCGAAGACCCUUGAUUUGGAGCACAUGAAGGCUGAAGAUGAAGAACUAUUUUUUUUUCCUGUUUCACAUGUUUGCAUUUUUGCACUUUACAUUUAUGAUUUGUCCCUAAGUUAACAUUUUUUAUUAUUAUUACAAGAUCAUUGCACUUUCAGUCGGAGCAUGUUGCCAUAUCCGUUUUUAUCUCAAUGCAUUCAGCUUUGGUUUGCAUUGUACUGUGAAGAAGGAUUGGUGUCUCGUCCCGUCCAGCUGGAGUUGAAAAAGUUUGACUGUUUAUCAACACUAAAUGGCACUGCCUAUACGCAGCUGAACCACGUUGUUCUUGCUAACCGCCUGCUCCAUGAUUACAAACUACCCUGGGCCACCAAACCCCGAAAUUACAGUCUAGAGUUCCAGUGCUUUGUUUAGCAUUCAUUCGUCUUUUUAACAAGAAAUGUAAAGCGAACCCGCCGUGGACAAGCUCAUAAUUCAUGUCCAUCUAACCUCUGCUUUAGAUCCUUGGAGC